AUGGCCUAUUCUUCCCCGCGCCACUCGCAAAACUUCUACCAGUACGAUGCAUCAACCCCUCCGCCGCCCCCACCAAAGCCAGGACGGUCAAGUGGGAAUGCGACUCCAUCACAGGGACCUCCAUUACCCCCACCCCCGCCAGGUCAAUCAUCGUAUUCGGGAGAUCAACAACAGAGUUCGUAUACACAGCAGUACUCGCAGGCAGGUCCCGAACAACCGAUGGUUCAACCGCCAGACGAUGGCUGGCUGCCUGAUGUGCUCAAAGACAAACCGACCAAAGACCUGCAUCAUGUGCUUCAGACGCCAGAACUGCAAAAUGCUAUAAUUCACAAUCCCGAGACAACACAUCCAUCAUUACCUGCAUCGAUUGCGCCUCUGCAGGCGCUUCUCGCACAGAAUGUAGGGUUGGCAGAGUCACUCAAACAGUUGGAAGCACAUGUCCAGCACCAACGAGAUAGUACACAGUCGCGUUUAUUAUCACUUAAGGCUUUGGAGCGUCAGUGGAAGGCAAAGCAGGCUGAGCAGGAUGAGGCACUGCGAGAGUUCAGUCCGCCAGCACUUUAUCAGAGGCUGAGUGCUUCAGUAGGCGAGCAAGAGGCGUUAUGUCGGGGACUGGAAGAAAGCUUCCUCGAAGGCGAAGGUUUCGGUGGUGGGGAUGCCGUGGCUAGCGACCGCGAAGUGACGGACUUUGUGAGGCGCUUGAGGGAGGGCCGAAAGAUCGCCUACCUUCGAGGAGAACGCAAGGAGCGAUGGGAUGAAGGCCGUGUCGGCGGCUGGCGAUGA